UAUGAGAGUGCCGAAGGUUGUUGUAAUGCCGAGGGCUUCAAUUCUCAUACUUAGAAAAAUUUCUUCCCCUUUUUUUUUCGCUUUGUUGUAGUAGUGAACUAACCCUUGUGUGCCUUCUUGUGUUUCAGGACCAGACAUGGACGCUCGGAACCUAGUCAAGCUGAAGAGGCAACUUGCCAGGGAGGAGCAGAAGAAGGAGGCCCCCGGACAGCAGAGGGCGGUCGAUGAGAUCUUCCCCAAGGCGGGAGCGGACGAAGAGGCCAAGGAGGUGGGGCCCGUCUCGGAGGCCGCCGUCGGUGGCUCCCCCGGUCUGGAGCCGAAGAGGAAAAGGCUUGGGAAGGACCCGGCACAACCGGAGGGGAAGAAGAAGAAGAAGGGGGCCCCGGAGUCGAAGGAAGCCCCCGUUGUGGUCGUAGACGAAUCUUCUCCUCCCAAGCCUUCGGGCAAAGCCACUGAUCUGACAUGGCCCCUGGACAAGGUCCAAUUCUCCAUCACGAAGGGGACUGCUAUCAUGCACGGGACCCUGAACCCGAAGGAGUUUUUGAGGGGUGCCACCCCUCCGACCGAUAAGUCUGUGCUCUCCCGUCAGGCCGACGAUGUCCUCUGCUCUAAGGUUCUGAUGGCCUCGGUUACGGCGAGCCUUGGCCUUGG